AUAAAAAUUACUCCAUUGACCCGAAGUCACAGAUUCCAAACAAAAAACUAAUCUCCCUGUGGCGAGCAAAGGUUGGUAGACCCCGCAGUGAUGGCCCACAUACACUGACUAUUUUUUUUUCUUUUUUUCUUUUUUCUUUUUUUAUAUCAAAAUAACCAUCAUUAUAUUUAAAUAAUCUCAGUAUCAUUACCACAUUAAGUAGUUUGAAGAUUUAUUUUUUCCCCUUUUCUGGUACGUUGCGAGUAACCUGUUUGUGUGUGUGUGUGAGAGAGAGAGGGUGUCACUGUUGCACUGCUUAUUAUAUCUGUCGUAUAGAGAGAGUAGUACCCUAGACAACCUUAAGAACUGAAGAUGAGAAAGGAAUAAGUUUCCAGGAAACAUUCCAUCCAGCGUUUACUAGUUGACCAAACAACACCACCCAACCCAUCUGCCCAUGUGUGGAAGCAAGCACAAAUGGCUUGACCACCCAAAUCUACAAAACACACACAUGCAUAUCACACACACACACACCCUCUUUAGCUAAGUAGUGAUCAUUUAGGUAGAAUAUAUAUUAUAUAAGAUCAGAUCAAUAAGCCAAUACAAACAAUAUAUUACUAUAUAUAUAUAGUUUGAACAAAUGGAAGCAGCAGCUGGACAACAAGCUGCAGGCAGUAAUUAUGAUCAUCUGCAGGUCUCCUUCUCCAAUCCUACACAAGCAGCAGCAGCUAUCCAUGAAAUGGGAGGGCUCUCUCAGUUUGAAAACCAAGUCCUCUGCUUCUUGGCCCCUAAUUCGCAGUCUGCCCAGAUCACCGCGUCACACACUACUCUCAAAGACACUCAAACUGCACCCAACAAUACUACUACUCAUGACCUUGUUAACAGACCGGCUUGGAAUAAUGAUCAGUUGAGGACUUCAUUGGAUCACAAGGCCAGUGAAGAAAAUUGCACUGCUGUUAGCGAUGGUGGCAAUUCAUGGUGGAGGAGCUCAUCCUCAGAUAAGAACAAGGUGAAGGUAAGGAGAAAGCUUAGAGAGCCAAGGUUCUGUUUCCAAACAAGGAGUGAUGUUGAUGUGCUUGAUGAUGGUUACAAAUGGAGAAAAUAUGGCCAGAAAGUUGUCAAGAACAGCCUUCAUCCAAGAAGUUACUAUCGUUGUACGCAUAGCAACUGUCGAGUGAAGAAGAGGGUUGAACGAUUGUCGGAGGAUUGUCGAAUGGUGAUAACCACGUAUGAAGGUAGACACAACCAUUCUCCUUGUGACGACUCAAAUUCAUCCGAGCAUGAAUGCUUUACCUCAUUUUAAUGAGAAGUAAAGAAAAUGUUGUGUGAUGAUGAUUUUUAAUGUACGAUAUUAGUAAUUAAUUAAGUUUGCUUUAAUCUUUGUUCAAGAAGAUGGAGGUCAUUUCCAGCACAGUAAACAUCAUUAUUUUAAACUUGAUUGGCUUGGAAAUGGUAUUGUUAGUUGUGAAAAGUAUCAGUGAUCAAUAUUUAUGUAUCAAGAAUUUUAGUCCUUGCGAUUAUCAUAUUAAAAUUGUAGUUCACAGAACUUCAUGAUUU